ACCUGAAUUGCAGCGGGUUGAUUUUAUUUUUUGUGAAGGAACGGGUUAGAGAGAGAGAGAGAGAGAGAGAGAGUGCAGAGAGAGAGAGAGAGAGAGAGAGCUGCAGAGAGAGGCAAACAAAUGGAGCAGCUCGUCAAUUUCAUCAUACGUCCUCCCAGAGCUGAAUAUAACCCAAAAACUGACCUACUGGACGAGAAAUUCGUGUUAAAGGGACAAUGGUUUCAAAGAAAGGACUUGGAGGUUGUUAAUAGCCGCGGAAAUGUUCUUAAAUGUACCCAUUAUUUGCCACUUAACAUCCCUGAAGGAAGAUCAUUACCAUGUGUGAUAUACUGUCAUGGAAACAGUGGUUGCAGGGCAGAUGCAAGUGAGGCUGCAAUUAUUUUACUUCCCUCAUACAUCACAGUUUUCGCAUUAGAUUUUGCAGGAUCGGGUUUGUCUGAAGGAGAGCACGUUACUCUAGGAUGGAAUGAAAAGGAUGAUCUAAAGGCCGUAGUCAACCAUUUGCGGGAAGACGGAAACAUUUCGUGUAUUGGUUUGUGGGGUCGCUCAAUGGGUGCUAUGACAAGCUUGAUGUAUGGUGCUGAGGAUCCAUCAAUUGCUGGAAUGGUUCUUGACAGUCCCUUCUCUAACUUAGUCGACUUGAUGAUGGAACUUGUUGAUACUUACAAAGUUCGCAUACCGAAGUUCACUGUGAAAUUUGCAAUUCAGUACAUGCGAAAAGUAGUCCAAAGAAAGGCCAAGUUUGAUAUAAUGGUUCUCAAUGCUCUUCAGGUUGCAAAACAUUGUUUCGUUCCAGUUUUAUUGGGGCAUGCCUCUGAAGAUGAUUUCAUUCGUCCUCAUCAUUCUGAUCUUAUAUACAAUGCUUAUGCUGGGGAUAAAAAUAUCAUCAAAUUCGAAGGUGACCACAACUCUCCACGCCCUCAAUUCUACCAUGAUUCUGUAACCAUUUUCUUCCACAAUGUCUUGCAACCUCCAACUGACUUGAGUGAAGGAAGUACUCUACGAGCAAUGAAUGAUUACAUGGAUGAGGAGGAUUCCAUGUGGUUUAUGAGAAGGCAUAAUUUUGAAGAACCACCUCUCCCUGGAGAUAUCAUGGCUAAUGGCACAGAAGAAGCUAUCAAUCAGUUACGUAUGAGAAGACAAAUAAGUAGCAUAGAGGUUCCUUCUGAUAUAGGGGAGCAACCAUUGCAAUCCAGAAUGGAGGAGAGAGAGGGUGAAGUUGAUCAGGGUUCAUCAUCUUCAAGAUUUGGCGGCACUGACUAUGAUUCUCAACCUUAUGGUUCUAUUGUCUCGACCCCACUGACUAACCAUUCCAGGGACCAUUCAUUUGAUGGUUUCGUCCUCCCAAGUGAUGCAGAAGAUGAGGAAAAGAUGAUAAUGGAAGCUAUGAUACUGUCCCUCCAAGAUUUAGAAACUUCUCAGAUGAGGAAAUCUCCAAUGCCUGAUCCCCAGCUCGAGCCCUCCAGUGUAUCACAAUCGGACUGCCCAGAAGCUUUGGCAGUGGACCCUAAAAGCCCCACAGAGAUGCCUAGCAACUUUCCUUCAAGGGCCACCUCAUGCAAACCGAAAAACCCAUCAGAGCCAGUGCAAGGCCCACCAGAAAAAACAGGCGAAUCAAAUGGUGACACUUCGGCACACAAUGAGAAAAGGGACCAACCCAAGGUUGAUGCAUCAGCACAAAAUGCUGAUGUGGUGGUCGUGAAAAAUCCUUCUGGCUUUGUAUUGGAGGGGUUGACUCAUAAAUGGGGUCUCAAUUUCUUUAGAAACAGUGAUUCUAGCAAGUGAAAUGACCAAAAAAAAUUCUACAUAGUGAAAGAGUUGGAAGAUGGAGGAGAGGGAGAUUGGAGAGAUGUAUUGGUUUAGCAAAUAGGUGUGGCAUUGUAGUGUAUUUUGUAUAUUGCCAUUCUUUUGUGUAUUCUAACAUUUUUUUUUUUCCUUAUUAAUAUCCACUUGUUCCGAAAAAA